GUUAAUAUAAAUAAUUGAACCGAAAGAUAUUUUGAGUUUUGACUGUAAUUUGUGAUUCUUUUCCAUAGGCAUUUAUAAUUUAUUUUCCUCAAGUUAACUUGUAAACUAUAGCUAUACAUCGGGUCAAGGAAUCAGUGGGUUUUCGUUGAUCUAAUCCGACCAAAGUGAGGAUCAAUAAUGGAACAACCUGGCCCAGCAAAACCGCCAGAGAACCCGUUUUCGGGGAUGCGAAUUUCGGAGAACGGUUUCCUAAACGAUGUCGAGGGUCGAAGUGCCUGUAUCGUUUGCGGAAAAUCCCGGAAAUUCUUCUGCUAUCACUGCUAUAUUCCGGUGGCUUCACUGAAACAUAGACUACCAUUUGUUAAGUUACCAAUCCAGAUCGAUAUUAUAAAACACAAGAAUGAAAUCGAAGGUAAAAGCACGGCCAUUCAUGCAGCCAUUCUCGCUCCGAAAGAGGUUCGGAUCUAUACCUACCCCGACAUACCGGACUAUCGCCGAGAGGAGGGAGUUGUUCUGAUCUUUCCUACCCCCAGUGCCGUUACGGUAGCGAGUCUCUUUAGCGACGAACCUCCGAAGGUUAAGGAAAACUAUGGCCUCCCGAAGGGACAUCACAUGGGAACGCUGUUGCGAUGUCGAUUGAACGAUAUUAUAGCGGAAUCGGAUGUGGGUUCAUCGGGAUGCCAACAACAGCUGGCACACCGUUUUCCUGUACGCAAAGCAGUAUUCAUCGACAGCACCUGGAGUCAAUGCCGUGGAAUUUACAAAGACAGCCGAGUAGUUUGCCUGCGAACAGUGGUCAUUCAGAACCGAAUAUCGCAGUUCUGGCGGCACCAGAAAGAUAGUCCCAGGUGGUUUUUGGCUACGAUAGAAGCGAUUCAUCAGUUUUUAAUUGAACUGCACAUAACCGCAUACGGAUUAGACUCCCAAUACGAAGGUUUGAAUCAUUUGGGAUAUUUAAACUUUCCACAGGAUAAAGUCGUGCAGUUUAACAAGACGAACACAGAAGAGCUGGAACCGUACAACGGACAGUACGAUAAUCUGUUGUUUUUCUUUCUGCACAUGUACAAUUUGAUACACGAGUACUACGAGCACCAUACUCUCAGAGCAUAUCGAAGACCACUGUUCCUGGAGGACAAGUACCAAAAGCAACUGCAGCAGCAAAAUACACAACCUUAAUUCUGGAUUUUAUUGUUGUUCAUACAUUAAAGUUUUUAGA